AUGCAUGCGGAGCUCAAGGAAGAUAUCAGACUAUUGAAACAUCCACCCUGCACUGCCGUUGAGAAAAACGAUUGUGAUCAACAAACAAAUGAUAGUACUAACGAUAAUACCUUACUGGAUAAUGAUGAUGAAAGUGCUCAGAAAAUCAGUUUAACUUUGGAAAAUGAGCAUCAUGCUCUUGAUGAGGAUCUGGAUGAUACAAAUGGACUUGAAAAUUAUUUAAGUUUAUUUUAUGAACGAUAUUCUUCUUUGGGAGCUAAUCUUUUCCUAGGAACAUUAGAUACAGCCUUAGCUAAUUCAUUAUAUUCAACAAAUAAUCCUUGUCCAUUAGUAAUUUAUUUACACAAUGAUACAAGUGGUCGUUCAAAAGUAUUUUGUUCUCAGAUCUUGUGCUCAGAAUUAAUUCUUAAUUAUUUAGCAAAUUAUUGUAUAUUUUGGGCAUGUGAUUUAGCAACCAAUACAAACUAUGAAGAAUCAAUUACUUUAUUUGAAACUCAUUUUGGAUUAUUAAUUUCUCAGAAAAUUCAAUCAAUGACAUUAGAUCACUAUCCAUUAUUGUUAUGUUUGACAUUUCAAUAUGGACAAGUACAAAUACUAGAUAUUAUUCAAGGAAGUUCAUCCGAAGAAGAAGUUUUGACAAUACUUGUACAAGCGCGAGAAUCAUUUGAAGAACGAUAUGAAGUUCGCGUUGACACUAGGUUUCUUUACGACGAUUGUUGUAAAAAUAUGCUCAAUGAUCGAGCCUCUGAAGAUCAAUCAUUCGAAUUUAAGCAAUUUACUUGUAAAAUGCCCGAUAAUUGGUCUCAGACGGAAACAAAUGCUGAUUUUCGCUUUCAAGUUACACCAGAUUCAACUGAAUAUAUUUCUGUUGAAAGAAAAUUCAAUGAAACAUUGACAUCAAAUUAUUAUUCAUUAUAUUCCACAAAGCGAACACGUAGUCAUAAUUUGAAAAUAAUUCGCCUUGAACGUAUACAAAAUCUAUUAUGGUUUGAUAAAUAUAUGACUGUUAAAAAUGAAUUUGAUCGACGAUUAAUUAAAGAGACAGAGAAAUGUCUGUAUCACGGUUGUAGCCAAGGAGCAGCUCACACUAUCAUUGAACAAUGUUUCGAUGCAAAUCUUAUCGGAAAACACGGGACUGCAUUAUUACCAACUGGUCGGGAAAAUCUCGAAGUUGAUUUACUGUGCACAGAACAGUUAGCGAAAUAUUUCCUGCAACAUCCUGAAAUAUUGUAG